AUGGAUGCAAUACCUGGAAUUUGUGUGGUUAAUGAUACCACUUACAUGGUUGGCAUGUCCAUGGUCACUGAUGUGUGUCAGAAUUGCACCUGCACUUCUGAAAAAGAUCCAAAGACUAACAGGAACAUUCUGCAAUGUGAACCAGUUCACUGUGAAACAUCUUGCCCCUUGGGUUAUGAAUAUAAAAAAGAGGAUGGAGAAUGCUGUGGAAAGUGUGUUGAAGCAGCCUGCCGAAUUAAACUAAGUAAUAACACUGUUCAGGUGCUCCGUCCUGAUGAGAUCCUGCCACUAGAUCUCUGCAGCUAUUAUAAAUGUGAGAAAAUUGAAGAUCAAUUUGUUGCAGUCCAAACUAAAAAAACAUGCCCUGAAUUCAAGCCAGGAGAGUGUGAUUUUGAUGAAGCAGAGACUACUCCUGACGGCUGCUGCAAGAUAUGUAAACCUCCGAACUGCAAAGCUUACAGCAAUAAGACUGUGAUCCGCCACGGUGAAUGCGAAUCUCCUGAACCUGUUGAACUGGCGUACUGCGAAGGGACUUGUCCCGGCUCCUCUGUGUAUUCUGCUGAAGCAAACCAGAUGCAACAUGACUGUAGCUGUUGCCAAGAGCUCAACAGCCAGACAAGACAGGUGACUCUGACUUGCCAAAAUGGAACAAGCAUCAACUAUAACUACAUCUACGUGGAAAAAUGCCAGUGCACGAAUGCAUGCAUUUCAGAAAACCCUACAAAAGAAGGCCUACAGUGGAAGAAGAGCAACCGAAGAAAGAGAUGA